AAAUUAAAAAAAAAAGAAGUGUGUUCUUUGAUGUCUACACAUUUGUGAAUUUUCCAUUUUUUCUUCUGUUACUGAUUUCUGAUGUCACCCUGCUGUGGUCAGAGAACAUAGUUUGUAUGAUACAUGGCUUUUAAAAUCUAUUGUGACUUAUUUUGUGGCCCAACAUAUAGAUUGUCCCGGAAAACACUUCACAUUCAUGAGAGAAGAAUGUGUAUGGUGUUUUUGGAUGGAGUGUUUUGUCUGUGUCUAUCAGAUCUGAUUGCUUUAUUGUGACAUGUAAAUCCUUGUUUCCCUCCUCAUCUUCUCUCUGGUUACUCAAUUCAUUAUUAUGAACGGUAUAUUGAAAUAUCCAACUAUUGUAGAACUAUUUUGCCCUCUUUUUCUGUCAAUUUUUGUUUCAUAUACUUUGAUGGCCUGCCAUUAGGCAAGUGAAUGUUUAUAAUUGUUCUAUCUUGAAGUAUUACAACUUUUAUUAAAUAUAAAGUCCUUCUUUGUCUCUUGUAACCUUUUUUGAUUCAUAGUCUAUUUUGCUGAUAUUAACACAGCCACCUUUGCUCUAUUUUGGUUAUUAUUUGCUUGAAAUAUCUUUUUUCCAUCCUUUCACUUUCAACCAGUUUGUGUCACAGGAUCUCAAGUGAAUCUCUUGUAGACAGCAUAUAGAGCUGGGUCAGGUAUUUUUAUCCAUUCUGCCAGAUUCACCAUUUUGACUGGUGAAUUUAAUCCAUUGAUGUUUAAAUUAAUUACUGAUAAAGAGGAACAUCUUUCAUUUUGUGGGGGUUUUUUUUUUGUCAUUUUGUUAUUGUCCUAUGUCUUAUAGUUUUUAUUAAGCCUUCAUUUCCUGUACCACUGUUUACGUCUGUGCUUAGUCAAUUUAUUUUUUGUAGUAAAAUGUUUAAAUUCCUUUCUUAUUUCCUUUGUGUCUACUUAUGGGGAUUACACUGAACAUCCUAAAAUUAUAUGUUGUAUUUUGAAUUUAUACAACUUUUUUCAUUUGAAUGGGCCAUACUUUUCCUGUUUCUUUGAAUGGCUUCUAAUUUUUUUGUUGAACACUGGACAUUUGAGUAUCAUAAUGUCACUCUGGAAAUCAGAUUCUCUUUCUCAAUGAUUGCUGUUCUUAGUUUCUGUUUUUGUUUUUCUGAUUGUUGUAGCCUGUCUCUAUGCUGAGGUUCAGCCCAAGGUAUAAAUUCAAGAUCUUUUUAGGUCUUUUAUGAGCCUCUCCCUGGGCAUUUGCAGUCAGUUUCUAAUUUUCCCCACCUAUGCAGUUGUCAAAAAGCCAUCUGAGUGGGUGAGACAUUGUAUCUUACUGAGGUUGAUUUGAAUUUUCCUAACAGCUAGUGAUGCUGAGCAUCUUUUUAUCUGUUAUUGGCAAUUUGUAUAUUAUUGAAGAAAUGUCUGUUCAGAUCCUUUGCCUACUUAAAAGGUUGGGUUAUAUCUUUUAUCAUUUGGUUGUAGGCAUUCUUUAUAUAUUUUGGAUACUAAUCCCUUAUCAGAUAUAGGAUUUGAAAAUAUUUUCUUCCAGUUAGUGGGUUGUUUUUUACCUUCUUGAUGAUGUCCUUUGAAGCAGAAAGUUUUAUUUUUUAUUUUUUAAAUAUUUUAUUUAUUUAUUCAUGAGAGACACAGAGAGAGAGAGGUAGAGACAUAGGCAGAAGGAGAAGCAGGCUCCCUGCAGGGAGCCCAAUGCAGGACUCAUCCCAGGACUCCAGGAUCACACCCUAAGCCAAAGGCAGAGACUCAACCGCUGAGCCACCCCGUCGUCCCAAGCAGAAAGUUUAAAAUAUUGAUAUAGUCCAACACAUGUGGUUUUUUUCUUUUGUUAUCUGUGCUCCCUUUGUUAUAUCUAAGAAAUCAUUGCCAACUCAAAGAUUACAUAGAUUUAGGUUUAUGUUUUCACUAGGAGUCUUAUAUUUUUAGCUCUUACAUUUAGGCCUAUGAUCCAUUUUGAGUCUUUUUGUAUAUGGUUUGAGGUAGUGGUGCAAUUACUUUCUUUUACAUGUGGAUAUCCAGUUUUCUCAGUGAAAUAUAUCAUAAAGACUAUUCUUUCCCUAUUGAAUUAAAAAAAAAGUCAAUUGAUCUUAAAUGUAAGGGUUUGCUUCUGAACUGUGAAUUCUGUUUCAUCAAUCAAUAUGUCUCUCCUACCCCAGUACCAUAUAGUCUUGAUUUCUGUAGCUUUCUAGGAAGUAGUAAAAUUAGGAAGUGUGAGAUCUCCAAGUUUAUUCCUUUUCAAGGCUGUUUUAGAUAUUCUGAAUCCCUUGGAUUUUCACAUUAAUUUAAGGAUCAAUUUUCAAUUGUCAACAACUGUCAAUUUCUGUAAGAAAGGCAGCUAGGAUUUUUAUAGCGAUUGCAUUGCAUCUGUAAUCUGGGGAGUGCUGCCACCUUAAUAACAUUAAAUCUCCCAGUCCAUGAACGUGGGAUAUUUUUCCAAUCAUUCAGGUCUUUUAUUUCUUUCAAUGAUGUCUUGGAGUUUUUAGUGACAAGUCUUGCACUUCUUUUGUUAAAUUUAAUCAUUAAUGUUUGAUUCUUUUUAUGCUAUUAUAAGUGGAGAUAUUAUUGUAAUUUCAAUUUUGGAUUUUUCAUUACUAGUAUUUAGAAAUGCAAUUCUCUAUUGAAUAUCGAUCUCUUAUUCUACAGCCUUACUGAACUCAUUUCUUAGCUCUUAGCUCUAAUAGUUUGUGAAUUCUAUAUUCAGGUUAUCUAUAUUCAUCUACAUAUCAUCUACAAGUAGACAUAAUUUUACUUUUUCUUUUCCAAUCUGGAUGCUUUUUCUUUCUUUUUCUUACCCAAUUAACCUGGUUAGAACUUCUAUUGCAUUGUUGAAUACAAGUGAUUAAAGUGGGCAUUCCUUAUUUUAUUCCUGAUCUUAGAGCUAAAGCAUCCAGUUUUUCACCAUUAAAUAUGUUAGCUAUGGUUCUUUUCCUAGAUGGCCUUUAUCAAUUUGAUGAAGUUCCCUUUAAGUUCUAGUUUGUUUAAUUUUUUAAACAAACAAACAAACAAACAAACAAAAGGGUAGUGGAUAUUGUGCAACACUUUUCCUGCAUGAUUGAUAAUUAUGUGGGGUUUUUAAAUUAUUUUUUUAAAAGAUUUUAUUUAUUUAUUCAUGAGUGACACAGAGAAAGGCAGAGACACAGGCAGAGGGAGAAGCAGGCUCUAUGCAGGGAGCCUGACGUGGGACUUGAUCCCGGGAUUCCAGGAUCAUGCCCUGAGUCAAAGGGAGACGCUCAACCGCUGAGCCACCCAGGCAUCCCAAGGGUUUUUUAUUUUUUUAUUUUUUUUAAGAUUUAUUUAUUUAUUUAUGAUAGAGAGAGAGAGAGAGAGAGAGAGGCAGAGACACAGGAGGAGGGAGAAGCAGGCUCCAUUAUGGGAGCCCAAUGUGGGACUCGAUCCCGGGACUCCAGGAUCGCACCCUGGGCCAAAGGCAGGCGCCAAACUGCUGAGCCACCUAGGGAUCCCCCCCAAGGGUUUUUUAAUUCUAUUAAUAUGGUGUAUUACUUUGAUUUUUGUAUAUUGAGCCACUCUUGCACUCCUGGGGUAUAUAUUACUUGGUUAUAUAUAGCUGUUUUUAUAUGUUGAUGGAUUCAGUUUGCUAGUUUGUUUGUUGAGGAUUUUGCAUCUAUGUUCAUAAGAGAUACUGUUCUGUAGUUUCCUUGUGAUGUCUCUGAUUUUGGUAUCAGGGUAAUUCUGGGCUGAGUUGGGAGGUAUUUUGCAUCCCCCAAUUCUGUUGUAGUUUUUUUUUUUUUUAGGGGGGUAAAGAAUUUGAAAGAGAUUGCUGUUAAUUCUUCUUUAAAUAUCUGGUAAAAUUCACUAAUGAGUCCUCUGAUUCUGGGCUUUUCUUUGUGGGGUUUUUUUUUUACAUUAUUACAAUGUAUUUACUUGUUAUAUGUCAUUGAGAUUUUCUAUUUCUUUUUGAGUCAAUUUCAGGAAUUUGCAUCUUUUUAGGAAUCUGUCCAUUUUAUGUAGAUUACCUAAUUUGCUUUUAUACAAUUGUUCAUACCUUUCUCAUUUCUGUAAGAUUUAAUACUAAUGGUUUCUCUUUCAUUCCUGUUUUUAGUAAUUUGAGACUUCAUUCUUCUUGGUCGGUCUAGCUAAAGUUUUGCCAAUUUUGGUGAUCUUUUUGAAGAAUGCUUAUACCUUAUUCACUUAUUAAAAAUAUAAUCAUUUUAGAAAAAUGUGAUCAAGAACCAUAAGAUCAUGAACCUAUACUUACCUAAAUCAACCAGAUUACAAAGAAUAUAUUCAUAUUAACUGAAUAUGUAGGAAGAUACUCCUUAAAACACACUUAGGGUAAAAGAAUACAUUUAGUAAGCAGAGUUUUUGGUGGUUUUAGGAAGACUGAGCAAUGCAACACUGAGACAGAUAGAUAGCAUUACUGUGUGUUGUCUUCCAGUCUGGGAGACAGUGAAACCUGCAUUUAUCAUGAAGUGUCAUACACACUGGCCAGGGAAGUAUAAGCUGCUUAGGAGUCCACGAAGGUCAUAUGACUUGGCGGGCUGUCAUUGGAAGCCUGUAGCUUGGCUGUGCCACCUCUGUUGCUACACCCAGCUUCGUGAGCUCCUUAGGGCUCCAUGGACAUGGGGCUGGUAGGGGUGGGGCAUGAAAUGAAGGCAGAUGGAGAUGUGUAAGGUUGGGUGGUCAGGCCUUUACCAGAGGGUUGUGGGCUGAGUACCACCUUUCCUCUCAUCCCUGCCUGCCUGGCAUCCUCCAGCUCUGAUGGGCAGGACAUGGGGGCAAGAGCGAUACCAAGUACCCUGCCCUGCUGCAUUAGGGGGCCUAUCAGUGCCCCCACACUCCAUCAAGCCCCCCAGAGGCAAACAAGACACAAGAGGGAAACUGAGUCCCAGAGGGACUCAAAUGUGCCCAAGGGAGUUGGCCAAGUCCCCCAAGGGCUACAGCCAGUCCAUCUGAUGCCUCUUUCCUUAUGCCCCAUAGCAUUUGAAAACAGCCUGAGCUCUGGCUGGCUCAGUGGGAAGAGGAGAAGUCCUCUGCAGAUGCUUUAUGACUUGGACCAGGGCCCGCGCUCCGCCCUGGCCGCCCUGGCCGCCGAGCACCGGCAGCGCCGCGACCUGCUGCGCCGCGCCUGCAGCCGCCACACGCGCCGGCAGCGCCUGCUGCGGCCCGAGGACCUGCGGCACGUGCUGGUGGACGACGCGCACGGCCUGCUCUACUGCUACGUGCCCAAGGUGGCCUGCACCAACUGGAAGCGCGUGCUGCUGGCGCUGAGCGGCCGCGGCCCCGCCGACCCGCGCGCCAUCCCCGCGCACGAGGCGCACGCGCCGGGCCGCCUGCCCUCGCUCGCCGACUUCGGCCCGGCCGAGAUCAACCGGCGGCUGCGCGCCUACCUGGCCUUCCUGUUCGUGCGCGAGCCCUUCGAGCGCCUGGCGUCCGCCUACCGCAACAAGCUGGCGCGGCCCCACGGCGCGGCCUUCCAGCGGCGCUUCGGCACGCGCAUCGUGCGGCGCCUGCGGCCGCGCCCCCGGCCCGACGCGCUGGCCCGCGGCCACGACGUGCGCUUCGCCGAGUUCCUGGCCUACCUGCUGGACCCGCGCACGCGCCGCGACGAGCCCUUCAACGAGCACUGGGAGCGCGCGCACGCCCUCUGCCACCCGUGCCGCCUGCGCUACGACGUGGUGGGCAAGUUCGAGACGCUGGCGGACGACGCGGCCUUCGUGCUGCGCCUGGCGGGCGCGCCGCACCUGCGCUUCCCCGCGCCGCCGCCCCGCGCCCCGGCCGCCGCCCGCGACCGCGCCGAGCGCCUCUUCCGCGACGUCAGCCCCUUCUACCAGCGGCGCCUCUUCGACCUCUACCGCAUGGACUUCCUGCUCUUCAACUACUCGGCCCCCGCCUACGUGCGGCUGCGCUAGGCCCGGGGGCGCCCCCGCACCCCGCACCUCGCACCGCGGCCGCCUGCCUGCGCGGGAUUCCACCCUGAGCGCCCCCGCACCCCGCACCCCGCACCGGGGCCGCCUGCCUGCGCGGGAUUCCACCCUGAGCGCCCCCGCACCCCGCACCCCGCACCGGGGCCGCCUGCCUGCGCGGGAUUCCACCCUGAGCGCCCCCGCACCCCGCACCCCGCACCGGGGCCGCCUGCCUGCGCGGGAUUCCACCCUGAGCGCCCCCGCACCCCGCACCCCGCACCGGGGCCGCCUGCCUGCGCGGGAUUCCACCCUGAGCGCCCCCGCACCCCGCACCCCGCACCGGGGCCGCCUGCCUGCGCGGGAUUCCACCCUGAGCGCCCCCGCACCCCGCACCCCGCACCGGGGCCGCCUGCCUGCGCGGGAUUCCACCCUGAGCGCCCCCGCACCCCGCACCGGGGCCGCCUGCCUGCGCGGGAUUCCACCCUGAGCGCCCCCGCACCCCGCACCGGGGCCGCCUGCCUGCGCGGGAUUCCACCCUGAACGCACCCCGCACCCCGCACCCCACACCGGGGCCGCCUGCCUGCGCGGGAUUCCACCCUGAGCCCACCCCCACCCCGACCCCCGGCCCCUGUCCCCUGGCCGGGCUUCGGUGCAGCCCCCCAGGCGGCUGUGCCCCUGUGCGCCUCCUGACACCUGAGGUCGCUGCCUCCAGCUGCUCCAGUGGGCAGGCACUUGACAGACCCCGGGACGAGGGAGCGUCGAGCACUAGAAUUUUGUAGUUUGUGGGAGGCCACUUUGGGGGGUCACUUUGCCCCCAAGCCUGUCGGUGUCCGAUGCAGCCUGCCACCCAGCCCAGGACCCCCCUCACCUCGCCUGCCCUGGUGUUGACAGCCCUGGCUCAGGAGGAAAGCCCUGCGUUAGGGGCGCAGGCCGGGGCCGGCCUCCCCCGGAGCUGCCUUCCUCUCUGCCUGUCAUAGAGCACCUGCCUCUCCGAGGAGCUGGCCCCACCUUUGAGCUCAACCUGCCAUACCCCUAAGUCUUCCGUGUGCGCCCACAGAGCCCAGGGUGCAAUAAGGUGGCAGGUUUCGGAGGACCUCAGUGAGCUGGGGAGCUCAGGUUUUUGAAAUAAAUGUUUUGCUACUUCUGA